AUGCUGAUCGAUGACCUUGAGAACCUGCGAGAUGGCAUCCGCCCCUUGGACCUAGACGAACUCCGAGCAGCCAUACGUGGACAGUCAGUCCCCCAGAACUUUCUUCAUGAGUUGGCAUAUAAAUGUCUGGUAGCCGGAAUUCGGCAUCAUGAUGGGUUCGCUCUCGGAGUCCGGGGCAAAUCGUUACACCAAUCCAUCGAGAGAGCUUUCAACGCCCGGGAUAUUAUGAGUGGCCGAGUGCCAGAGAUGGAGAAGCCAGAAGACAUCCCUUAUUGCUUCUGGUACCCCGACGUUCCCAAUCAAGACGCUCUGCGACAACUCUUGAAAGACCAUCCUACAACUUUGAUGCGUUACCAGGUUGGGCGUGCUUGUGCGGUUGGGGGUUAUGUCGAGCUCUUCAAGGAACUGGAUGUUCUCCCUGAUGUAUCCAUUGCGGAGGAGGCUCGAGACAACUUACCUGCCUCAAAGGCUAUCUACGAACUGCCCCAAAGCGGAGCCUGUCUCAAUGGUGACACCUGCGUGCGGUCGACACUGAACAAGAGACAGCCACUCUGUUACGAAAUCUUCCCUCCGCCAUUUGAUAUCACUGAGGACUGGUGCCUUGGGGCUGAUGUAAAGCGCUUGGAAGAGAGAGCUAUCCCUAGCGACACUCUGAGUCUCCUCUAUGCUCCACUGCCACGACAUUUACCCUCGGUUGACAAAGACAUCCUCAUUCUCAUGGCUGCUUUCACUGGGAAUAUCGACCGAUACGCCCGACUGCGAAGGGAACGGACUAUAAACGGCGAGAUGCAGUGUAUCGUACGUGGUAUUUACCAUGACACUCUUUUCGCCCGAUGGUGCUACGAACAGCCAGAGCUAGCCGUGCUCCGAAAGUUUGUCCAUGCGCGAUUCAUCAUGAAUGAUGACCUCACCUGGUUCGAUUACAAUCAGCCAGUCUCUAAAGAUGAUCUGCCGCGCAUCAUCUGGUACCCGCAGCAAGCAAAUCCAACGACCUAUAUGGAGCUCUUCCGCCUAAUGCCUGAACUGAAGCAGCUUGUAGCUCAAGCAUUGGUCGCAUGCGACGAGCCACGUGACUUCUUGCGUCUUGAGCCGGAACUGACUGAGGAGAUUUACGGAGAGAUAACAAAUGGGGUUCACUCAGACUUGUUCCGUGAGUUCAUUGAUAAGCGAGUAUCGUAUGAAGAGGAGGGGGAACUGGCAGAAUGGACCGAGCUUCCGCAUGAUGUCCACGACGUCGCUCCUUAUGAUCAUUUGAUAUCGAAGGAAAUGAAACCGCACUUCAGUCAUGGUCUCAAGGAACUCACUUUGGAUGAUGUUGGUUUUGAGAAUAGAGAGGUCUACGAGCCUGAUACGAGGGACGCCAGAGAUUUGAUACGUUAUAUGUCUGCAUUCCCCAAACAACCGAGGGAUCAUUAUCGAGAGGAGAGGGAGGCGAUAAUGAGAGAAAUAACUGGAAGGAUGAGGCAGGACUCGGGUAUUGAGACACUCCAAGCUGAUAGUUAA